UAAGCAAAACAAAGCGCUCGAUUGCAACAUACACAAUUUCUACUACGCCAUAGCUACGAAAGAGGUAUACAUUCUACAUAAAGAACAUUUUAGUGGAUUUGUUCCAAGGAUUCGGAGCCAAAAUCGGCUGUGUUUGAAAGAAUAGAAUUUUAGGAAACACGAGGCAGACACGGAGCGAGCCAAGUUGGAUUACUCUUGUGAUGAGAACGACCUGAGAGGAGAAUCUAGACCCAUGCAUACAAUCAUGUCUAUGGAUGAGUUCCACCCUUUCAUCGAGGCCUUAUUGCCACACGUUAGGGAUUUUUCUUACGUGUGGUUUAAUCUCCAGGCCCGUAAACGCAAGUACGUCAAAAAGCAUGAGAAACGAAUGACACAAGAUGAAGAACGUCAGACAAAAGAUGAGUUAAUGAACGACAAACCAGAACUGAAACAGAAAUGGGCUUCAAGAUUAUUGGCAAAGUUACGGAAAGAUAUAAGGCCAGAGUUCCGUGAGGAUUUUGUAUAUACUGUUACUGGCAAAAAGUUACCGUGCUGUAUUCUGAGCAACCCAGACCAGAAAGGCAAAAUGCGAAGAAUUGACUGUUUAAGGCAGGCUGAUAAAGUCUGGCGUUUGGACCUUGUAAUGAUUGUCUUGUUCAAAGCUAUUCCACUCGAGAGUACAGAUGGAGAACGUCUGGUGAAGUCUUCCGCCUGUGGUAAUCCUUCUCUCUGCGUUCAACCUUACCACAUCAGUGUUAGCGUGAGAGAACUGGAUUUAUACCUAGCCAACUUUAUUAUGCAGUCUCCUGACCCUGAUGCACAAACAAACCUUGACGAUUCUACUACUACUACAACCAACAACACACGUUACCACAACUUGCCAACACUCCAUACUCCAAUCCAGCACCAUUCGCCCAUUGAACAGGCCUAUAAUGCCCUGCCCACCACCAGGUUCGGACAGCAAAUGCUCCCCGUCACCAUCCACAAUGACACUUCAUACCCGCAAUAUCGUCCACCAAGUGAUUCAAGUGAAAGCUUAUCGGUAACAAGUGGUAGUGAAACAGAUUACCGUGGGGGCACAGUGGUCAAUGGACAUGGUCCCGUGGAUAGUUUUGCAGCGCGUGGGGUUUUUACGGCAACUGAACUAAGACGAGCAACAAGGCCACCAAUCUGUAAUGGAGCCAACGUAACUGGUUUAAGUUUCUCCGGGGAUCUUGACAGUCCCAGCAUGUGCCAGUACUCUAGUUCAUUCCCGGGGACAACACACCCGAUAAAUCUCCGGAGAACCCCGUUAUCGCAGACGCAACCGCAGCCCAUGAAGCGCCAGAAGCGAAUCUCCAGCAGCAUGUCAACAUCCGUGGAUGAUGACAUCGAUAGCGUUGGAGAGGAGAAGAUCUACGGUCAUUCGCCUGCCUCCGUUAGCAGUCAUUCGUCUGGUUGGCAUAGCGACAUCGAUCCCGCUGGUCAUAGUCCUGGUACUGUUCCGUCACCGAAUGUUAUUCACUCCAACAAAGUAAAAAUCUCAGAGAAGGGCAGCAACUUCACCAACACGAUCACAUCAGCCAAUGGCAUGUCAGCCUUACUGAAGGUGCAACCAAAACUGGAACCAAAUCAAGGGUUAUUCAGAAGCUGUGCCAACGAUCAUGAACGAGUGGCAACAUCCCUUUAUCCAGCCAAUCAAACGGAUUUCUUUGGAUCUCAGCGUUUGCAAGGAAACACACUAACAGAUUUUGUGCAGUAUGUCUGCGACCAAGAAUCGCAGCAUGGUAUCUCCGGCAACGCCAACACCAAAAUAGCUGGAUUCAUUCCUGCAACAAUGCUUCCACCUCCACCUCCGCCACCAAUGGCAAGACCAGUAGCCAUAGCAACAUCAAUCGGUCAAACAGGAGCAUUGUCAAUGACAAACCCUAUAGUUGGUAGCACUCCAGGCACCACAAGUGUAGUCAGUGCCUGUCCAACUACACCACCAGGCAGGGGUGUAAUGCACAGUCCAUUCACAGUUCUCCACAGGCCUGAUAACACAAUGUUGUACACACAACAACAGUUGUUAUCGUAUCCCAACAUAAGUCCUGUGAAUAUCAGCCCAACAACAUUCAGUCCAACGACAUUUAGUCUAUUGACUUCACCGGUGGCAACACCCAGAUCAACACCAAGGUCAACACCUAUACCAAGGUGGACAACACCACUCAUAUCGUUGGAGGAGAAUGCAGAUUAUGCGAUGUUAACAGGAAUGAUUCCAGGCGCAACAACUGAUGAAACAAUUCUGAGUAAUGAUGAGCAAAGAUUUGUGCCAGUUCAGAUGAACACCGAACCAAUGGAUACAACAAACAGUGUGCCUAACACGCCCACCAAGUAGCUGAUUGGUCUAUUAGCUUGGUGUUGAGGAGUUGAGAACCG